GCAGAAUGGGUUCCAGUCAACAGUUCUCUCUUAGAUGGAACAAUUAUUUGAAACACAUUACUUGCGCUUUCGACACGUUAAGGACGGACGAGGAUCUCGUAGACGUCACUUUGAGCUGCGAAGGCAAAAGGAUCAGAGCACACAAAAUGCUCCUGUCAGCAUGUAGUACAUACUUUAGAGAUUUAUUUAAGGAAAAUCCGUGCCAGCAUCCCGUCAUAAUAUUCCGUAAUGUAAAAUUCGAUGACUUGGCUGCCUUGGUCGAUUUCAUGUACCAAGGUGAAGUAAAUGUCGUUCAAGAGCAACUGGCGAGUUUUCUCACAACGGCAGAGCUCUUGGCGGUGCAGGGUCUCACAGACGGCACAGGAAAGGACGACAGUUUAGUGGAGGUGAGUUGCUAA